AUGCCAAAAGCUGACCUUUCCACUACUACCAAACAUACUACAACCACGACCAAGCCCACUGCAGUCAAAAUAACCACACAUCAAGCAACAACAUUGACAACAAAAACACCAACAACGAAAGCCACAAUCACCACGCCAACAACAAAAGCCAAAAUCACCACGCCAACAACAAAAGCCACAACCACCACGCCAACAACAAAAGCCACAACCACAACGCCAACAACAAAAGCUACAACCACAACAGCCAAAACCACCACCACAACAGCAGUUCCAACACACCCUCCACCAGUUGUAACCAUAGAGUUGGUCAUUUUAGUAAUAUUUAUUCCAGACCUUCAAAACACGCAAAGUGUGGCAUUUAAGAACCUAGCAGACAAAGUUCAAAGUGAGUGUGACAAAGUAUACAAACUGAAGUAUGGAGCUCUUUUCAUCAGGACUAUUGUGAUUGCUUUCAGAGCUGUUGCCAGAACCCGAGCAGAAGAAAAUGUACAGGCAGAGCUUGAAUUAGUGUUUAGCCAAACAUCCACUGAACCGAUCCCCAGCAAUACUGACAUUGUGGAGACUCUGAAAGAAGCAGCUACAACUCCAAAUUCAGGCUUCAACCUCACUCUUGAUGCCACCACUAUUAAUGUCAUUAAAUCAGUGCAGAUAAUUCCGCUGACAAUCCUCACCAAUGGAACCUUUGUGGCUGCUCUUUCAAAUAAAAGUUCUACUGAAUUUCAGAACAGGGCUUCGAUGAUAAAAGCAGGGCUCGAACCUUUUUUCUUCGCUGAUUACCCUAAAUCAUUCAGCACCAUAUCCAUAACAGACUUCAGUCAUGCCAGUGUAAAAUUACGGAGCGUGCCCACAAUCCGAAACUCCAUGGAUCUUGUAUUUGGUGCGGACGCCGUUCUACCUAAUAGCACCCAGAUAGUGAACACUAUAGUUCGAGCAACUAGAAACAACACGUUACCCUUCCAGAUCUUCACUUCUUCAAUUGUGGUAAAUGGUACAGAACAUUCGUCAGGUGAAGUCAGCAGCAGGAUCAGUGUGUUGACCGCUUCAGUUCUGGUUGCUGUGUCGCUUCUGGUUCCACGGUUUAACUGACCGUAACCACUCAUGCCAAUAUAACUGAUUCAGACAGGUCUGAGUCUUCCUUGCCUUCCACGCCUGCUCACAUGAAGGACUCGUACAUGUAAACGAAACUCUGAAUGCAUCAGUUUUUAGAACUGAAUGUGUCUGUUUUUAGUUCUGGUUCUGUAUUCAGAACAGGCUAAAACAUCUCUAGACAUACAAGCACUUUUAGUAAUUUAUUCUAAAAGAUAGACUCAUAUUGUCAUUGGUUUCUUUUCUGAUUAACGUAAUCUGCAAAUCAAGGGGCAUUUCUUUAAAGUCAUUAAUGUAUUGUUUGUUAAUUCUGUAUGUGUUGUAAUUGGAUCAGUAAAACAAUUAAGUGGGUACAACUUUACAAUCUGCAAAAGUAUAGUAUAAGCUACAACAACCACAUUUUCAACUGAAUGCUAUUGUAAUAUUGUAAUAUAUAUAUAAAUAUGUAAUAUAUAACCAUCUGUUAUAUCUAAGAUAAACUCUGGUAAAACUA